AUGGUUAACGGCCGCAUUCCAUCGGUCUUCUCAAAGACCUACGUCACACCACGUCGUCCAUAUGAAAAAGUUCGUUUGGACCAGGAAUUGAAAACCAUUGGUGAAUAUGGUUUGCGUAACAAACGUGAAGUAUGGCGUGUCAAGUACACAUUGGCCAAAAUCCGUAAAGCUGCUCGUGAGCUGUUGACCCUCGACGAGAAAGAUGAAAAACGUUUGUUCCAAGGUAACGCUUUGUUGCGUCGUUUGGUUCGUAUUGGUGUAUUGGAUGAACAACACAUGAAACUCGAUUAUGUGUUGGGUUUGAAAAUUGAAGAUUUCUUGGAACGUCGUCUCCAAACCCAAGUCUUCAAAUUGGGAUUGGCCAAAUCCAUUCAUCAUGCCCGUGUAUUGAUCCGUCAAAGACACAUUCGCGUUCGCAAGCAAGUCGUCAACAUCCCAUCAUUCAUCGUCCGCUUGGAUUCGCAAAAGCACAUUGACUUCUCGACCAAAUCACCAUUCGGUCAAGGACGUCCAGGCCGUGUAAAGCGCAAGAACUUGAAGAAGGGACAAAGCAGUGGCGGUGCCGGUGAAGAAGAAGAUGAAGAAUAGAUUACACGCCCCCAAAAAAUAUUGAACAUUGAAUCGAUUGCUUUUUGAUGAAGCGUUACAAAUAAUUUUUUGUAUUCACACAAUGUUUUGCAAUAAAUUACAAGUCGAUUCAAUUUGUUCAAAAACAUAACAAA